GGACGCGUAGUUCCCGCUGCGGUGGGGAAGCCCUUCCUUCCUCCUUCCCUUCCCGCCUCCCUCUCUCUCCGCCCCGCGGCCGGGCGCGGGGCAGGCGGGAGCUGUAGUGCAGCGGGGCUUGGCGGAGCCCCACGGCCGGCAGGAGGUGCGUCAGGCGCCGCCUCAGGGCCGGGAAGGCGCUUCCGGAGGCGGGAGGUCGCGGCGUGGAGCAGCGGCGCGGCGCUGCCCGAGCGGUGCCGGCGGGACGGCAGGAGCGGAGCGGCGGGGCCCGCGUGCGGCGCGCUGCGGAGGAAGGCACCGGCCGGCUCCGCCAUGUCCUACUGCAGGCAGGAAGGAAAAGACAGAAUAAUAUUUGCAACCAAAGAGGACCAUGAGACACCGAGCAGUGCUGAGCUGGUUGCAGAUGACCCAGAUGACCCUUACGAAGAGCAAGGAUUGAUAUUGCCCAAUGGAGAUAUCAAUUGGAAUUGCCCAUGUCUGGGUGGAAUGGCUAGUGGUCCCUGUGGGGAGCAGUUCAAGUCAGCCUUUUCUUGUUUCCACUAUAGCACAGAAGAAAUAAAGGGAUCAGACUGUGUGGACCAAUUCCGUGCCAUGCAAGAAUGCAUGCAAAAAUACCCAGAUCUUUACCCUCAAGAGGAUGAGAAUGAUGAGAAGUCCAGCAAAGAUUUGGAAGCUGCCUCUAUGGAGGCCUCUGCUGCCAAAGAGGAGAAGGGGUCCAGCUAAUCAAGAUGCAAGGAGGCUGUCGUCUCCAUUUCUCAUUUUCAGAGACUUGGACUUCUGCAGUGUGUCUGUCUUCUGAGUAGUGAGGAAAUGUUUCACCAUAUUCUGUGCACUGUAUCGUAAUAAAUAAUUUAUUCCUGAAGGAGAAAUCUCAGAGCUUCAGCCUUGCAAAUAAAUACUGCAAAAUGAGUGAGUGUGUGUAUGUACUGUGUAACCUGGUUUUGGACAGUUAAAACUUUAACAGCUGUUCUUUCCCCUCAAGUUUUCCUUGAGUUUUGACUUGAAUAAUGUCUUGAAGUACAUAGCUCUCAACUAAAAUUCCACUGGCACACCAGGUCUGUCUUCAUUUCAGUGUGUUCUAAUCAGUAGCUGCUUUUAAUUUAAUGUAUUCAGUUCUAUCAAUAGAAAUUACAUUAAAUGAUUGUUUUUCCUUUAAGAUUUUUUUUUCCAAAGUGAUGCAAGACAUUGAAAAUGGUCUAGAUCUAGAAUUUCUAAAAUAAUUUCAAUUACUAGAUUAUGGUUGUAUUUUACUACUGGCAUCAGAUCAGGACUGCCAGGAAAACAUUGAAAUGCACAUCUUCUUUGAUUUCAUUUACUUACUGUGAUGCCUUUUGAAUUUUUAAAAAAUGGUGUGUUGUGCAACUGACUAUUAAGGUAAAUGAAAAGAAUGUUGGUCACUGGCUUUAGUUUUGCUCUGAAAAUACAGCUUUUGGGUUCCUUUGGUUAUUACUUUCUCCUUCAAUGUAUAGAUGGGCACUUGUAAAAUACUUUGAGAUACAAUAAAUUGUUACCUGGUGUAAUGAUCUCAAAACAGAUACUGUGACUUAAGUGCAUAUUAAAAAGCAAAUACUUUUUACCCUCA